UUCCACUUACUUCUGUUUUUAUAUACAGACAGUACGGUUUCCACUACUUUUCACAACAAUUAUAAUAAUCCAUGCUCCAUGUCAGGAAUCCAAGGCUGAAAAAUAUUUGUUUUUGUUAAAAAUGCCUAGAUACACUCAAAUCAUUCAUCAAUUUUGGUGGUGUCUUCUCAUUUCUCUCUGAUUGGAACCCUGCUGCUGCUGCUGCUCUCUCUCAAAAGUCAUACCUACUACUCUAAUCUCCUUUCAGUCUUCACAUUCAGCCUUACAUCAGGGAUCUGCUGAAUUUUUUUUUUUGGCUUCCAAAACACCAUCUUUCCUUGUUCUCUUUUAGUCGCACUAAAUCAACUUACAAGCAUUCCUUGAGCUUUCUCCAUUUCUUCACUCUCUACACCUUUGCCAUUUUAUCAUCCAUUCCUAACUUCACUCAUUUCCAAUUUCACCACUGUUUUUUCCCUUUUCCUACUCUCCAUCCCUCUGCUUGGAACAAAUACUCUUCUCCUUCCAUUUCUUGCGCUCUCUUCUUUUAUUUUGUUCUUUAUUGCUGCUUUCAUUUGUUUCUGCCUUUUCUCGCUUCCCAUUUGUUUUCCAAAAAAAAAAAAAAAGCGAAAAAAAAAAAAAGGAAAAUCGAACUGAGACGAAAUGGCAGAGAUCGUUAUUACCAUCGCUACUACCAUUGCUGAAAAAAUUGCAGGCUACUUGGUUGCUCCAAUUGGACGCCGGCUUAGUUAUCUGUUUUGCUACCGCAGCCACAUGGAUGAUCUCGACAAGAAGGUUCAAGAGUUAGGGCUUGUGAGGGGCAACCUUCAGAUUACUGUUGAUGAAGCUAUUAGAAGAGGGGAUGGAAUCAGACCUAUUGUUGAAGGCUGGUUGACUCGGGCAGACGAGAAUACAGGGGAGGCAAAGACAUUCAUGGAAGAUGAAAGGAAAAGAACCAAGAGCUGUUUCUAUGGGUGGUGUCCUAAUCUCAAGUCACGUUACCAGCUAGGCAGAGAAGCAGACAAGAAGGCGCAGGUUAUUGUCGAAAUCCAACAACACCGCAAUUUCCUAGAUAGCGUAUCAUAUCGUAUCCCUCCACGGAAUGUAACCUUUAAAAAUUAUGAACCUUUUGAGUCAAGAGCCUCGACUGUGAAUCAAGUUAUGGGUGCAUUAAGAGAUGAUGAGAUCGACAAGAUUGGGGUAUGGGGCAUGGGCGGUGUGGGCAAAACCACGCUGGUCAAACAAGUGGCUCAACUAGCUGAAGAUGAGAAGCUGUUCACCGCACAAGUCUACAUAGAUGUAUCCUGGACUCGAGAUUCGGAAAAACUUCAAGAAGGAAUUGCUAAAAUUCAACAAAAAAUUGCAGACAUGUUGUGCUUGGAAUUUAAGGGGAAGGAUGAAUCCACGAAAGCAGUUGAACUGAAACAGAGACUGCAGAAAGAGAAGAUCCUUAUCAUCUUAGAUGACAUUUGGAAGUUAGUUUGUUUGGAGGAAGUUGGAAUUCCUUCUAAAGAUGACCAGAAAGGAUGCAAAAUAUUGUUGGCUUCUAGAAAUGAGCACCUAUUACGCAAAGACAUGGGCGCAAGGGUAUGUUUUCCACUUCAACAUCUACCAAAAGAAGAAGCUUGGCAUUUAUUUAAGAAAACAGCAGGUGAUUCUGUGGAGGGGGAUGAACUGCGACCCAUAGCAAUUGAGGUAGUUAACGAAUGUGAGGGUCUACCAAUUGCAAUUGUUGUUUGUUAG